AUGACAACUCAUCAAGAACCCAUGUCGGUGGACGAGCUUCAGAUGCGCGCCCAGGGCCACACGAGCGAAUUGCCGCGUCAGUUUAGUCUGCUGUCAACCCUCGCGUUGGCCUUUGCUAUUACCAACUCUUGGGUUGGCUACUCUGCGACGUUUGUGAUCCCCAUGUUUGCUGCUGGUGGGCCUGGUGUGGUAUAUGGUCUGGUAGUUGCCACCAUCGCUUGUUGUAUCAUCACCGUGGGUCUGGCGGAACAGGCGAGCGCCUUUCCCAGUUCAGGAGGACAAUACCACUUCACGUACAUGGUCGCUCCCGAUGCAUGGAAAGCAUCCCUCUCAUUCUUCGUUGGCUGGCUCAGCAUUUUCGCCUGGUGGAUGACAGCGGCAUCUGCGUUUAUCUUCUGUGCACAGAUUAUUCUCUAUCUAGCAAGCUCUUACCACCCAGACUUUGUUGGUUCGCAGUGGCAGGUGUACCUAGUAUACGUUGCGCUUCUCGCCAUGUCGACGGCGCUCAUCAUCUUGCGUCCUAGACAGAUGCCCACUGCAGAAAUAAUUUUCUUCGGCAUGUCGAUUGUCGGCUUCGUGGUCUUCUUCAUCGCUGUGCUGGCAGUUUCAUCUGACCAGCCCAAACAGUCCGCCUCGAACGUUUUUGCCGAAUGGAAUAAUCAGACAGGUUGGGGUGAUGGUGUCGCAUUCCUGAUUGCAGUCGGACAAUGCAUGUACACAUAUCUCGCCAUCGAUGCCGCAACUCACAUUGCCGAAGAAAUGCCUAAUCCCGCUACGGCCGUCCCGCGUGCAAUGGGCCUGACCAUGCUAAUUGGUAUGGUCACGGUCUUUGCAUGGACGAUGGUAUUCCUCUUCUGCGCGACCGACUACGAUGAAGCCCUCGCUACCGGUGUACCUAUCAUCGGAAUUUGCCGUCAGGCCUUCGAUUCCCGCGCGGGGGCAGCUGUGUUUGGGGCCUGGUUACUGAUGAUCUACCUCGGCGCCGCUACCAGCUGUCUAUUCACGGCCGGUCGAUUGACAUGGGCCUUUGCUCGUGAUAACGGUCUGCCAGGAAGUCGCCUUUUCGCUAAAGUCAACUCUAGAUUGGAGAUGCCCAUGAAUGCGACCCUCGUCUCCUUUGGGUUCUGCUUAUUCUAUGGUCUCAUCUAUAUCGCUUCCACGACGGCGUUUAACUCCUUCAUAUCUCUCGCUGUCUUCGGCUCCAACGUCACCUAUGUGUUUCCCCAAGCUGUCGCACUACUGCGCGGCCGCAAUGUCGCACUACCUCCGAGGAAGCUUGAUCUGGGACCAAUCUUCGGAUCGUUCGUUAAUGCUUUUUCGACUCUGUGGAUGGUUUUGUUCGGCAUCAUCUUCUGCUUCCCCAAUUUCCUACCUGUGACGAUCGACACCAUGAAUUACCUCAGCGUCGUGGUUGUGGGGAUUUUGGUCUUUAUACUCGGCUGUUGGUGGUUUGCCAAGCGCGAGACCUACUCCGGCCCCGAGGUAAAUUUUGAAGACAUGAAAGAGAUCGCCGCCCUGGGUCUGGAUAGUAGCUUACGCGGUGCGCAAACUUUGGUCGGUCAAGUUGAAACAGCGGCCAAUGGCGCUGACGCGGCGGCGUGGAAUGGGGAAGAGAAGCGGCCUCAGGGCUAG